AGAAGUCGUUAGGUUAAUCAAUGCCUCGAAUUAUGCUUUUGUUUUUCAGCCGUCGGAGACGCCAUCAAGACUUACUUCGACAGCUGGCACGGAUUUUUCAACAUAACAGAAACGGCGGGCGACAUGCUGCUGUUCUUGUUCCUGUACAUGGGCAGCCUGGAGACGGACUCGCAGAAGUGCCUGAUGAACAUGUGCAUGGGCUACGGCGUCAACGGGUUGCUCUUCGUGGUCGCCUCGGUGCUCUCGACACCCACCGCCGGGACGCUGCCGUACAUCUUCUACUACCACCUGUUCCAGUGGACGGCCAUGCUGGCGCUCAUCAUAUGCGGCGUGAAGAUAAUAGCCGACAAGCAAGGAGGUGGCGGAGCGACCAUGCAGGCGGUAGUGGCCAUCCUGUGCGGAUCCAUCCACGCGGCACACAGCGGCUACAUUGUGUACCGGCAGUACAUCAAGGAGUCGUAGCACCGGCGAAUAAACGAGGCGCUCGCAUGUUCGCUUCAGAGGACCGCUUU